GGCUAUAAAAUAUCACGUUACCAUUAAUAGGCGCCGAGUAGAUGCAUUUAUUGGGGAAGUUUGUGGAACAAAACGUUGCGCUGUGAUCAAUUGGAGCCGAGCAGCAGGCGGUACCCUGCGAGAGUAACAACUCGAAAAUUUAUGUAGGUUAAUUCUGAUUUAAAAAUGCAUUUUCACACAAAACUGGCGCUUAUACUGAUAUUUGCAAUAAAUAAGGCAGUCAGCCAGACAGUAAACAGCUGUACCCUGCCGUCAGCUCCCGUAAACGGUCAGUAUGAAGUUGCCAGCUUCCCCUCAGCCAAGCCUGGAGAUAACCUGCAGUACGCGAUGCUGAACAUCAGCUGUUUACCAGGAUACGAGAUUGUGGGCAACCGGACACUUAUAUGUGUCCAAGGACUGUGGUUUGGAGAAAUGCCUGAAUGUACAAACUGUGGAGUUAUGACAGAGGGUGCCACUGUGCCUCCAUGGCACGUGACCAUUCGCUCUCCACACUGGAAUGAUGGGCAGGAGUUCUGUGCCGGGUCGAUAAUCAGAGGAAACAUCGUUAUUUCUGCCGGCCAUUGCUUUUGGGACGAGAAGAGAGCUAGACUCAGAGAUAUAGACUAUUAUAUUAUGACUAUAAGCAGUCGUAAUCAGACUGGAUAUUCUGGGGGUUACCUGGUGUCUGUAUCCUUGCCAUCUGUUAGAGGGUCUCAAAGACGUCACGUACUUCAAACACUACCAUACAUAUCUACAGCGAAAUGUCUGGACAGCAUCAAGACUUCAUACUCAAACUUCAGAGGAUACCUCACUUAUGAUAAGUUCUGCGCUGGAAGACAAAAUGGUAUGCAGCACCGUGUGAUACGGUGA